AUGGGAGGAAAACAUUUGUGCUUGAUUUUAGUUUUAGCAUUUUCAAUAUUUGCAUCAAAUUCAAAUUCUCUUCCUCUCUCAAGCAACAAGAGAUGGAUAGUAGAUGAGUCAGGGAAAAGGGUGAAGCUACAUUGUGUCAAUUGGUCAAGUCACCUAAAUGCAAUGAUAUCUGAAGGACUUGACAAAAUACCAUUAAAAAAGUUUAUAGCCCAAUUGAAAGAAUUAGGGUUUAAUUGUGUUAGAUACACAUGGGCAACACAUAUGUUUACACGUUAUUCAACUUAUAAAGUUGGAGAAACUUUUGAUAAAUUGAAUCUCCAUGGUAUUAGGUUAGGAAUUGGAUUUUAUAACCCUUCUUUGGAGAAUGUUACUGUUGUUGAUGCAUUUGAUUUUAUAAUUGAUGAGUUUGGGAAACAAGGUAUGAUGGUGUUGGUUGAUAAUCAUGUUAGUGAUCCUAAAUGGUGUUGUGACAAUAAUGAUGGAAAUGGAUUCUUUGGUGACCAAUAUUUUAACCCUCAAGAAUGGUUAAAAGGACUUUCUAAUGUUGCCAAUCGUGUCAAAGCAAAACCUCAGGUUGUGGCAAUAGGGAUGAGAAAUGAAUUAAGAGGUCCAAAUCAAGACAAAAACAAUUGGCUCAAGUACAUGAGCCAAGGAGCUACAAUUGUUCACAAAGCAAAUCCAAAUGUUUUAGUCUUUGUUUCUGGCUUAAACUAUGACACUGAUUUAAGUUUCUUGAAGACAAAUCCUCUAAAUGUUAGCAUAGGGAACAAAUUGGUGUAUGAGGUACAUUCCUAUGCAUGGUCAUAUGGGUCAGCAAAUGAUUGGAAUAAGCAACCAGUGAACCAAAAAUGUGCCAAUGUAAUGAAUAAGUUGAAUGACAAGGCAGGGUUUCUCAUGAGUGGUUCCAGCCCAAUGCCAUUGGUUAUGAGUGAAUUUGGUAUGAACAUGAGUGAUAUAGAUGAUAAAAAUCAAAGAUUCAUGUCUUGUAUGUUGGCCUAUCUUGCAGGGGUAGACUUGGAUUGGGCUUUGUGGGCUGCACAAGGUGCUUACUAUAUAAGAGAGAAAAAACUUAUUGUGAGUGAACAUUAUGGUAUAUGGAAUUAUGAUUUUAGUACACUUCGAUAUUCGAAAUUCUCUCAAAGGUUUCAACUUGUGCAAAAGAAGCUUCUAGAACCAAGUUCAAAUUCAAUCAAGUCCUACAUAAUAUAUCAUCCAUUAAGUGGACAAUGUGUGAGAGUUAACAAUAACCUUGAGCUUGAAUUGGGUGAUUGUGAUGGGAAAAGUAAGUGGAAUAAAGAAGGGCAACAAAUCAAAUUAGUUGGAAGAGGUGCAUGCAUAGAAGCAAUUAGUGAGGGAUCAAUACUAAAGCUCUCAACUAAUUGCAAGAGCAAGCAAAGCUUUUGGAAAACAUUAUCAGCAACUAAUCUUCAUUUGAGUACUUUGGAUGGAAAAGGGAAAAAUUUAUGCUUGCAAAGGGAAUCAUCUACUUCACCUAAGAUUGUUACAAAGAAAUGCAUUUGUGUGGAUGAUAACCCUACUUGUUUGGAUGACCCUCAAAGUCAAUGGUUUCAACUAGUUACAACAAAUGUGUAA